AUGACGCUAUCUCCCGAUCCACAGAUUCGAGAUCUUUGGCGAGUCGUUAUCCCUCAAAUGGCAUUUACCACCGAUUAUCUUCUAGACGGCAUUCUCGCCCUUGCAGCUCUCCACAUCGCACGCUAUAACAGCGGACGGAGACAUUUCCUCCUGGCUUACGCCAUCGAACGUCAAUCAGCAUCCCUAUCCAAGGCACUCCCGCUAAUACCCGGGGUGACGCCCCAAACCUGUAGCGCUCUUUUUGUCUUUGGGGUGUUAAUGCUCUAUUUUAGUCUAGCACGCCCGAUACAAGAAGACGAUAUGCUUAUUCUAGGAAAUGGAGUCAUCCCCGAAUGGCUAUACCUUCUGAGAGGCAUCGAUACAGUUGUCAUGGCAGAGACUUCAAUCUUUUCUUCACCUGUCUCUUUGAUCUUCCGGAGUACGUGGGGAAGUAUGGAUUACUGGAAGACUCAUACGCCUGAGGAAUGCCAAGUUCUGGUGGAGUUGGAGGAACAGGUGUGUGCUGAAGCGAAGGAUGGUGAAGGAAGACUGCCUGUUUUACAGAAAGCGAUUUUGGCGCUGAGACGAAGUUACUCGUUUCUAUACAGUCAGAACAUGAAAGAUCAAGAUAAGUUGCGGGGUUUCUUUCAAUGGCUCUUCGAGAUAGAUGAUGGUUAUCUGGAACUCUUGAGGAACGGCGAUAAUGGGGCUUUAUGUGUACUUGCUUUUUAUGCUGUUUUGGUGAAAGACUUAGAGAGGUACUGGUGGGUAGAGGGCUGGGCGGUUCAUCUCAUUCAAGAUAUUUAUAUGCUACUGGAUGGAGAGCAUCGUCUAUGGAUUAGAUGGGCCAUAGAAGAGAUUGGAUGGGUUCCUGAGACCUAUGCCCGCUAA